GCUGAUCUAUAAAAGAGCUCCAGUUAAGGGGUCAUCUGAAUGGCAGCUGUAAAAAUGGAGACUAAAGAGGAUACUGAUGAAGUUAGAAAUCAGACACAAUGCUGUGAAAAGGUAUUUGCCUCCUUCCUGAUACCCUCUGUCUAAAAUGUUGAGUAUUUGUCAUGGAAAAUGGCUUCAGAUCUUUAGACAAAAUGUAAUAUUAGAUAAAGGGAAGCAGAGUAAAUAUACAAGUCCAUUUGUAAAUUGGAACAACCCCACUGAUGAAGAUAACAGUCCAGGCUUCAGGGCCCCAAACAUAAAGGUCUGCCACUGUGUGGUGUUUCAAGGUGCAAGACAUAAGAAGAAGACACAUAUAGACACAGGGAGAGCCACAGUGCCAUAAUGACUUCCAAGACGUGAACAUACUGCACAAUACUGUAUUUGAAAACCUGCAUACAGUAUGUGGGGGACAAAAGAAAAACUUAAUGUGGGGAAUUGAAAACAAAAUCAGAAGAAAGGGUGGGACACAUCUGGAAAAAUGACAGUCUGUUCAACUGAAAAGGAAAUGAGCCCACGUGACUCUCUAAAGGCAGCAUGUCAUCCUGUAGCAGCGGAGAGGAAAACAAAAAGGCAGCUGUUUAGAAAGAUCAGUUUGAAAAAGAAAGCUGGAAACGUCUGAACUGAAGCAAACUGGAACUGAGCAAAGGAAAAGACAGAAGACCAGGAGGGUAACGAAGAAAACUGAAAAAGCAGCACAUUGCUUUUAUCUAAUGCACUUUUUCUCAAACAUUUUAUUUGGAAUAGAUUUCUUUGCACCGUGUUUUUGGUUUCCACAAAACACUGGAAUCAUUGUGGAAAAACUGCCAGAAGAGCGAUUCGGACACCUGAUCCUGCCUGUUGCAAUCGUCCUUUCCGUGUGUCUCAUAUUGGCAGCAGGAGCUUCAAUUGUAGUUCUGGCACUGAAAACCAUUCAACCCUGUCCUGAGUGGUGGGUGCUGCACAGAGAGAAGUGUUACUACUUUUCAACCAACAAAACAACAUGGACUUUGAGUGAGGAGGACUGCAUCUCACGGGGGGCUCAACUCAUCGUGGUGGAAGACCAAGAGGAACUGGAACUUCUCCGUCAGCAGUCUAGAAUCCAUUUAACUUUUUGGAUUGGACUGAGAAGAAAAGAAGGCUGGGCGUGGAUUAACAGACAGGCUUUUAAUUCUAACUGGUUCAGUUCUGAUUCGACACACAGUGGGGACUGCGCCUGUCAGACUGUGGUGGGCAUUCAUAGUGUCAACUGUAGUAUGAAUCAGCACUGGAUCUGCCAGAAGGAAGUUGCUGACAUGUGACGACACGGGAAAAGACUGCAGAACUGAAGAGAAGACCCUGCAUGCUGCCAUCAUUAUAUAGAUAUUUGUUUAUCCGAAAUGACAAAAUUGGAAAAAGAAAGCCUAUUGUGUGAAAAAACAGUAUAUAAAAGCUGCCAUUUGUAGCGGAUCUGCCUAUCAAAUCGUGCAUGUAAAUAAACAGAGAAGUGUACGGUAGGAAAUGUGCCACCGAAUCUACACAAAGAAGUGUAAAGUGCUGAUUGAGUCAGUCGAGGGAUGGAGAAUGCAUUGCUUUUGUCACUUUUGUGAAUUAGAGAGAUCACAUUGCAGACAGCCGGCACUGAGUGACCACUUUGUUGUGCCUUCUCAGACAGUGAAAAAGUGACAAAAGCACACCAAACUGUGUAAAUCAAGUCAACAGAUGUAAGCAGUUCAAGUUUACGUCUGCAUUGACUACUGAUUUGUUGUGUGUUUGCUGGUGCUGAUGUGUCGUACUUUUGUUCUGAGGUUGACUGAUGAUACAAGGAAAGGUCGGGAUGUCGUUUUCUUGGAUGAAUUAAGUCCCGGGAUACACUUGGUUGUCCUUCUCUGCACUGCUUCAAGUGCUGCUAUGUCUUUUUCCGUAGCACAGUAACCAGAACUGCACACAAUAUUCCAGAUGUGGUCUCACUAGUACAUUAGAUCAUCUGAGCAUAACAUCCCUCGAUUUAUAGUCAACAAUUUUGACAAUAUAACUUAACAGUUUAUUUGCUUUUCUAAUCAUUUCAGCACAAUGCUCGAUAAUGAAAAUGUUGUAGCAUCAUAAACUCUGAAAUCCUUUCAGAGGUUGCGCCUUUUAAGUCAGUGCCUCCCAUCUUGUUUUUAUAAGUGACGUUCCUUAUGGCACUUUUCCACCUUAAACUCAUUUCUCAAGUGUUCAUCCACUUCUGAAGCUUGUUCAGGACUUUCUGGAUCAUUUUUGCUACCGCCUCAGUGUCAGCCUUUCCUCCAAUUUCAGUUAUCAUCUGCAAAUUUCACAGGUUUAUUACAAAUUAUACCGAAAUCGGUGUCAUUAACAUAAAUCAGAAAAUGUAAUGGGCCAAGGACAGACCCCUGAGGGGCUCCACUGAUGCCCCCAUUCACCUCUUAUUUGUAAUCUUUGUCUCUCUUUGAGAUCUCGUUUUGCCGUUUACCUCUGAUGCCUACAGUUUCUAGUUUUAGAAUUAACAUUACUCUGGAACUGAGACAAAGGCUUUGCGAAGGUCAAAUUAAAUUCUAUCAGAUACUUUGCUUUUUCUGACUAUUGUAGUUGCCUGUUCAAAAAAAUCUAAAAGACUGGUAUGACAAGAUCUUCCUCUCCUAAACCCAUGUUGGCUGUUGUUUAAUAUUUUACUUUCAUAUUAGUACUUUUCUAAUUUAUUUCUUAUUAAAGUUUCCAUUACUUUGCAUAGCACAAAAGUAAGACAUAUUGGUCUGUAAUUCCCAGGAUCCAUUAUGUUACCCAUCUUAAAGAUUGGAGUCACAUUUGCAACGCAAUGUUCCAGUUCUCCAGUGCUCCUCCCUUCUCAAACGGCUGCUCAGAUAUGCCAAAUAAGAGUUUAAACAUGAUAUUUUCAUUUUUUUUCAAGAGAACUAGAAAGAUCCCAUCAGGUCUUGAGUUAUUUAUUAGUCUUCAGCGUAUUGAGGGCUUGAAGCACUUCUGACUCUUCUAUUUUAAAAUCUGUGAACUCAGACUUUAUGUUUACUUCUGCCUGGGGCAUGUGGUAGAAAUUUGUCAUCUUCUUAAACAAAGAAACAUCCUCUAACAGGACAAAUCAGUAAUCAAGCAGGAGAAAAGCUCUUCAUUGUAUCUUUUAAUCACUCCUCAGCAAAAUGCCUUAGAGGGACAAUUCUUCAAAAGCAGUCUGUUACAGCCUGGUCAGAAUGAUCACUGAAACAAAGAAUAGAGGUUCAUUUUAUAAACUAUUGAAUUUACACACAGUGUCAAUCAAUGCAUACAUUUACUCUGGUUGGUUCGUUGGUUUACACCUAAAUAACUUAUAUAAAAUAAAACUCUGUUAUAUUA